UGAGCAGUGAUCCUGGUUGCGUGGGGGUGGACCCUGACCCAGACUCCUCCCAGGUGGCUGAGAUGACUGACAAGAUGUCUGUGGUGUCACUAAGGUCUGAUCCCUCCUCCAGUGUAGUGAAGAAUGGGACAGGUGUUAAGAAAGCUCUGCCCAUGAGGCCCCACCUGUCAGGCCGGAAGAUGUCAUUGCAGGAGAGAGGAACGUACGUGUCUUCUGGGAGCGGGGCUGACCGCUAUUCCCGAAUAGCCAGACAGCCAACCAUCGAGUCCAAGCGAGUGUCCAUCUCAGACUCGCAGGAUUGCAUCCAGCUUAACCAGUACAAGUUAAAGAGUGAGAUUGGGAAGGGCUCAUAUGGUGUUGUCAAGCUGGCGUACAAUGAGGAUGAUGACAAAUAUUACGCAAUGAAAGUGGUAUCUAAGAAGAAGCUGAUGAAACAGUAUGGUUUUCCCCGCCGCCCUCCUCCCCGAGGUCCUAAAGCAGCCCAGGGGGAGCAGCCCAAGGUGCUUGGUCCUCUAGAGAGAGUUUACCAGGAGAUAGCUAUCCUGAAAAAACUGGACCACCUCAACAUAGUUAAAUUGGUUGAGGUGCUGGAUGAUCCAGCGGAGGACAGCCUUCACAUGGUGUUUGAGCUGAUGCAGAAGGGCCCUGUGAUGGAGGUCCCCAGCGACAGUCCGUUCAGUGAGGACCAGGCCCGCUGCUACUUCAGAGACAUUGUUCUCGGCAUCGAGUACUUGCACUAUCAGAAGAUCGUUCACAGAGAUAUCAAACCAUCUAAUUUAUUACUUGGAGAUGACGGCCAUGUUAAGAUCGCAGAUUUUGGGGUUAGUAACCAGUUCGAGGGUAAUGAUGCCUUGCUCUGCAGCACUGCUGGUACUCCUGCCUUCAUGGCCCCAGAGACGCUGUCGGACAACCGCAAGAGCUUUAGUGGAAAGGCUCUGGAUGUGUGGGCUAUGGGAGUGACCCUCUACUGUUUUGUGUAUGGGAAGUGCCCAUUUAUUGAUGAGUACAUACUGGCACUUCACAAUAAGAUCAAGAGUAAGCCGGUGGAGUUCUCCGAGACGCCAGCUAUCAGUGAGGGGCUGAAGAACCUGGUCUCACGAAUGCUGGACAAAAACCCAGACACCAGGAUCACCAUUCCUGAGAUCAAAGUGGACCCCUGGGUGACUCAGGAUGGCACUGACCAUUUGCCUUUAGAAGAGGAGCACUGUACUAUAGUGGAAGUCACUGAAGAAGAGGUGCAGAACUCAGUGAAGUUUGUCCCCAGUCUGUCUGCUGUGAUUUUGGUCAAAGCCAUGUUAAGGAAGCGUUCCUUUGGGAAUCCAUUUGAGUGUCCCAGCAGGAGAGAAGAGAGAUCUAUGUCUGCACCUGGCAGUCUGCUCAUAAAAGGGAGCAGUGGAGAGGCUGGUAGAGAAGUUGAGCUCGAGGACUUACAUGAGGACGAACCACCCACCUCUUGAGUGUCUUCAUAGAUCCUGAAGAGUUCCUCAUUGUCCUUCCAUUCCUUCGAGCAGAAGAUGAUCAUGACCCAAACUGCUCCACUACACUCUGUUUCCACCGACUUGAGGCUUACCUUGACAUUGAACUGGAUUCUGCUAUUGCUAGUCAUCCUUCAGGCUUUUCAUUUUUGUCAGUCUUGCACAUGAAUCACUUUUCCUGCCUAUGGUUCUCAUGAAACCUGGCCUUGAUAAUUUGGCGGAAAACUAUUCUUUCUCCUUCAUACCAUUUGGAUCUUUCCAUCCUGGUCCUCUCAUCCUGGCUAAAUGAGUCGAUUUUGUAUGGAAUCUAUAUUAGGCCAGGUUUGUGUGAAAGACAGACUAUGCCACAAGCGUUCUAGUGCAUAAGACUACAGCAUGGACAAAAGAUGCUAUUAACUUGGUAAGCUGUUGAUGCAGUGUGCUGCCAUCAUAACCUCUGUACAUGUGUAGAAAAUAAUAGCAAUGGCGUCUUGCCUUUUUUGUAUAUGUUAAUGUGCAAUUCUUAACCCUAUCCAUCAUAGCAUGCCUGAAAUAUGGCCUUCUCCAUAUAAUGGUGGUUCCAUAUCUCUGUUGCUUUCCAUUUUUUUCAUACCAUACAAUUUUCUAAUUUCAUUCAGAUACGAUAUAUAAACACACACAGUGUCGUACUGUGAAACAAAGGGGCUUAUGUAACUACUAGACACUAAAAGAGGCUCUUGUCUUCACAUUCAAUCAAUUCUAGAAAACAGGGCUUUCUCAUACAGCGUGUUUGAGCGCUCGGUAUAACCAUUAUCUAGAACAGGGCUUAUUUUCCAUGUUUGUGAAUGUCGCAAAUGCCGCAUACGGAUCACACCGGAUGCAGGGCUCUCGUGUUGCAGCACUUUGUCUCUCUGCAGGAACAGAAUGUGUCAUUGUUUACACAUGUCUUCACAUUCCAAAAGGUCUAUUUGUCAGUCAGCAGUGCUAACGGGCCCUCGAACACACAUGCAAACAUGCCACCGAGGCGCUGAUGUGGAAAGAGAGGGAGUCACUUUCACUCAAAACAGACAAGCCAAUUGAGGGAAGGAUCUGGAUAUGGUGUUUAGCUGUGCAGCGAAAGUGAACUGCCAUUCAAUGUCAUCACGGUCCCUCUCGGCCUGUAUUAACUCCGUUCAAAACAAUACGCCCUUGUUUACAUCGGAUCGUCUGCCAGGCGAACCCAUCAUCCCGUUUUUGAAUCACGUAUUGAAAGUACAAAGAGAGUCUGAGUGGACGAUCAUUGUAAAGGGACAUUGAUGAUCGAGAUGUUUAAUUACCAGAGCAGAGCACUCAUAUUAAUUAGAUUUUUAUCAUUAUGAAAUUCUCACUGUGCGUGUUUCAAUUUUAAAAGGACAGUUCACCCAGAAAUUAAAUAGCAUUAAUAGCAAAUACUUGCCUAUUCAGACCAAUGCUUAAAAAUGUCAAACAGGCUGAAUAAAAAUGACAAAAUUCACUCUAUUAAGUCGGUGGCUCUGUUCAAAAGCAGAAAUACCCCAUUUACACUGGUAUUCUAAGUGUUGUGCAGUGUUCUGUUUCUGAUGCCCAGUUGUCAUGGAGAAAAAGGAAGUCAAACCAUAUUUACGUUUUCGAACAGCCAUUCCGAUAUUUGUGUUUACUAUUGUGAUUAUCAAACAACACUAGAUUCUUUGUCUGUUAUUCACAUUUGCUUAGCAAAAUAGUCUGUUCGUGAGCACCACCAAGUCAUUGUUUUAUGUAACAGCAGUGGCUCAUGGCAUGUGAUCAAAAGCGCAAAUAUUAUUGGUUUUACAGUUUUCUUCUCAGUGCAAUGGAAGAGAGAUUACAACACCUCUUCAUAAAUA